CUCUUGAAUGCACCUAAAUGUCACGUGACUGCAUCUGACAGCUAGGAGGAGGAACACCAAGAUGGCGGUAUGCAUAGCUGUGAUCGCAAAAGAGAACUACCCGCUGUACAUUCGCAGUGUUCCCACUCAGAAUGAGCUGAAGUUCCAUUACACAGUGCACACAUCUCUGGAUGUGGUGGAGGAGAAGAUCUCUGCCGUGGGGAAAUCCUUGGGAGACCAGAGAGAGCUGUACCUGGGUCUGCUCUAUCCCACCGAGGAUUACAAAGUAUAUGGAUACGUAACUAACUCCAAGGUGAAAUUUGUCAUUGUUGUGGAUUCGUCAAAUACGUCCUUGCGAGACAAUGAAAUUAGGAGUAUGUUCAGAAAAUUGCACAACUCUUUCACUGAUGUAAUGUGUAAUCCAUUCCACAAUCCUGGGGACCCUAUUCAGUCUAAAGCCUUUGAUGGAAUAGUUUCUGGAAUGAUGACGCAAACAGGUUGACAUCUCUUCCACUCCUGCUGAGCCUCCACUGUACAUAACCCUAUGUCUCCCCCAUGUUUACAUGUCUUGAUUGCUGAAAUAAAACUAAACCUCACA